GGGGGAGGGGAAGUGACGUCACGCCCUCCCCUGUCUCCUCGCGAGACGCUUCGCGAGCCCAAGACUCACGGCGCGCCGCUGCUUGGCAGCCUGGCCCGCUAUGGCGGGUCGUGUCACUGGGGCGGCGACGGUGACGGCGACGGCAUCUGCGGCGGCUCCCCCAUUGGGCGGCGGAGGCCCGAGGGACGGGCGAGCCUAGCGAAAGAGGAACGACUACGCCCUGUUCGUUGGCCCCGCGGCCGUGAGGGCAAUGGAGGCCGGUAUGCCAAAGCGGAAGGAGCCGGGCAAGUCCCUGCGCAUCAAAGUCAUCUCCAUGGGCAACGCAGAAGUGGGGAAAAGCUGUAUUAUAAAACGUUAUUGUGAGAAGAGAUUUGUGCCCAAAUACCUAGCAACAAUAGGAAUUGACUAUGGAGUUACAAAAGUAUGUGUCAAAGACAGAGAAGUCAAAGUUAAUAUCUUUGAUAUGGCUGGACAUCCAUUCUUCUAUGAGGUUCGAAAUGAGUUUUACAAGGACACACAGGGUGUCAUCCUAGUUUAUGAUGUUAGCCAAAAGGACUCUUUUGAGGCUCUUGAUGGCUGGCUGGCAGAAAUGAAGCAAGAGCUUGGACCUCAUGGAAACAUGGACAAUGUUAUAUUUACAGUCUGCGCCAAUAAGAUUGACUGCACCAAGCAUCGCUGUGUAGAUGAAAGUGAAGGACGCCUUUGGGCUGAAAGCAGAGGGUUCCUGUAUUUUGAGACUUCAGCACAAACUGGAGAAGGAAUUAACGAGAUGUUCCAGAUGUUUUAUUCGGCCAUAGUUGAUUUUUGUGAAAAUGGUGGGAAACGUCCUGUAACAAACGUCAGCAUAAGUUUCACCAAAGAGCAAGCUGAUAACAUUCGCAGGAUUCGAAACAGCAAAGAUAGCUGGGAUAUGUUGGGAGUCAAACCUGGAGCCACAAGGGAUGAGGUGAAUAAAGCUUAUCGGAAACUUGCUGUGCUUCUCCACCCGGACAAGUGUAUGGCUCCUGGCAGUGAAGAUGCCUUCAAGGCAGUUGUGAAUGCCCGGACAGCCCUCCUGAAAAACAUCAAAUAACCUAGGAUGCAGCAGGAAACAGACAAGUGCUUGUCUCCACUAGAGAAUUCCUUUCCCCAGAGAGAAAAACAAUUAAGACCUCACCAAGGCUUGUUGUUCUGUCCAUUUGCGUAUACACAGUUUCAGAUUCCCAUCAAUAUUUUUUUUAGAACUUUUUGAAGGAAAAAAUGCACUAUUGUUUUCAGGUGUGAGGAGCUAUGCUUCAUAUCACUCAUUUUUGUUUGCCCAUUUUUAAAUAGUCUGAUAACUCUCUUCUCUUCAUUUAUAAACAUAGUAGUAGUAUCAUUUCAUAGACACUUCACUCAGGUGAGGCCAUCUGGCUUCCCAGGGGUGAGAGUCAUUUCUCAAUGUGAAAGGGAAUAGAACAUUCUCUCAUGAUAUGACAUCAUGAAGGAAUUUCUUUGUUUUUACUCUCAAAGUAAAAGGAGAAUGUUUAGGAAUUCUGAGUGGUAUUUUUAGCUGCCAUUUUAGAAUUAAUGAAUUCCAUCUAUCUCUUUGGUUUCAGUGAAAUGGGCUGAUUUGCUUCUGAAUUAAGGCAGCUCUCUCUUUCUCAGGAGACUGUACUCCCUUCAGUGUGUCCAGCCACUCAAUAGAGGAACAAAUCCUAGCCUUCCAGGACAGGUUGAAGUCUUGGAAUGCCAACAGCUGCCUGUUCCACCAUAGCCACUGCAGUCAUUUCUUGGUCAAUGUUAGUUAAUACCAAUAGAGAGUACCAUGGGAUUGGUUGUUCAGGGAUCAAGCCACAGGCCAGAGAUAAUGGAAGAGCAUGCACACAGGGUUAGGUUCAGUGUCAGUGCUCAAGCAUUGGCCAUACAUCUUUGUAGCAGCAACAUCUCUAGACAAGAGAGACAAACCUUGCCCAGGGCAUGUCCUCUAACCCUUUGGGGGAAAUACCCAACUGAGCCUGAAAGUUUUUCCUCCACAAAUUGGUGGAAAGGGGAAAGGGCAGGCAAGCAUCCUUAAAUUCUUCUCCAUCUACCCCUCCUUUUCCCUUCCCAUGACAGUUCUCCUUUUCUCCUCAGCUACCACCAUCCUCUCUCUCCCUUAUGUACUUCUAGUUACUAUAUUCUCCAUCCUCUUGUUUAGGCAUGCUAUCCAAACCAAUUUAACCAGUCUGAAAGGUUUGGUAGGGAAUGUUGGGAUGGUAAUGGAAAAGAGAUUCUGUGUCUGGCUAGGAGAGGAGGGAAGUGCUUUCUGAUAUUUAUUCAGAAACAAUAAACAAACAUUAAGUUUGCCUAGAGAAAUACCAUCAUGUUCACCACCAUGGCAUCCCCCUCAUCUUACAAAGUACUUCUACAAAGUAAUAAAGAUUUUCACAUAUAAUUUUAUGUAAUACAUUUGAUUAUGAGUAUGCCUCAUAUUCUUUUGCUGCUAAAAAAUGGUUUAACUUGGCCUUUGAGGUCUGUAGACACAUUUAUUGUACAAAAAGCUUGACUAGUUAGUCCUCUAGACUUGCCAAGAAGAACUUGCUUUACAUCCUAUGGGGAAAGACAGACCAAGUUGUCAGAGCCUAAUGGCAUCAUCCAUCUUAAAGCUGUCAUAUUUUCAUGCUGCUAGAAUCAGGCUGCAUUUUGUUUUGUUUUUAGUUAACCCAGAGCAUCACUCCCAACCUCUGAAGUCAUUAUCUUAGUGAUGCUUUAAAGAUUGUUCUCACUUUUUCCCUCCCACAAUUAUGGGUCUGAUAUGAUUGGAUAUCAUAUGCUUUCAGGUAGCUAGGGUUAGAUUUUAUUACAGGGUCCUCAGUCCCUGUUUUAGAGCCUCAUCACUUUUAAAAUAACUCAUGUGAGGUUUUCCUUUGGCCCCGUAGCUAACCUCAGCUCACUGAGCUACGCGUGUUUGUCGCCAACAUAGUAUACCUAUGUAACAGGCCCUUAGCCAAAUUAGAGUCCUUAUGGGCCUGGCAUGCACUUCAUAUGUCUUUAUAGUAUUUAAAUAAAUAUAGUGUUGGAAUUUGUAAAAAGAACUAAAAUCAGGUGAAUAAGGGAGUCUUCUAGUACUAUCAUUUGCCAAUUGGCCAUAUCUAUAGAGCAUACUGAAUUCUUUGGCACAGUAUAAAUAGCAAAAUUUAGCAACCAUUUUUGAUACAAUAAUAGAUGGGUCACUUUACCCCAGCUUCAGUGCAUGAAUGAUUAAAUAUGGUGGGUAGAAUUCCAGUGAGCAUCUCAGCAAUUAUCUUUUCAAUGCAAAUGUGAUUCAUUGAGAUUUAAAGCUCAAUCUUGAUCCAUAGGGCUUUGUUUUCCACAGUUAGCAACUUCAGAAAUGUAGCUGCUACAUACUGAGAUUCUGCGCCCUUUAUGUUUUGGAGUUUUUUGUUUUGUUGUUUUAUUUUAAGCUCAGGAUCCUGGCAGUUACUACUGUGGACCUUGAGCAGGAUUUGAAGGAACAACAGAGUAUGUUUUGCUAUGAAAUAAUAGUUUGUCAAGUACUGGCUAUUAAGCUAUUUUUCUAUUGGGAAAACCUGCAGACCUCCUUGUAUAAAUCUGACAACCUCCUGCUGAAAAUAUGUAUACAGUAGUUCAACCUUGUGAGAGUUCUUGAGCCGAUUGGGUAUUUUUCAGAGGACUUGAUGUCUUUCAUAGGGGAUAAGGAUAAAAAUAAUAGUUUAAUGAAGUUCUUAUUGGAAAACAAAUCAUUCCCUCUUAGGUCACAAGGGUAUAAUAUUUUAGCAGUUGUUUACAAAGCUCAAGAGAGAUGUUGCAUUAAUCUAACAACAUACCUAAAUACCUUAACAUUUAUAGAUCUUUUUUCUUGAUAUUAUGACUGUAAUUUAACACUCAAUAUUUCUCCAUUUCAGUACUGUUGUCAACACUGUCAAACAGAGUAUAUCAUAUAUUGGAACUCUCAGCCAGACAGGAUCCAGCAAGAUGCCUUUCAUUACCAAUUUUCUGCAAAGGAAAAUAUAGGAAUUUGAAAGCAUAGCUCAUACUUCAUAGAAGUUUAAAGUUAUAUUUUGAAACCAAUUUAGAGAUGCUUACUUUAUCUAGGGAAGGAGUUCAUGUUUCUGAUGUUUCACGAAUGAAAUUGUCUCCAGCAAACCAAACUUGCAAUUUCAAGCCAUGCAAAUAAAGGCCAUAUUGAUAAAAAUUAUUUCUUUUGGAAAAUGAACAUGUUCCAGUAAGUCAUAGCAUUUUCUGUGAUGACUACCCUUCUGGUAUUGUUCCCUCUUGAAAUGUGAAUGUCAUGCAUAACCUUGUUUCAUGUCUUUAGGUUGAGUUUAUCUGUUUUGCUUUUUGUUGAAAUGAAAUACCUAAAAAUAUUUAAUCUAGCAAGUGUUUAUGUCUUGAAUGGAGAUUGUUAUUUGCCUUUAAGUUAUGUAUUUUUAUAAAGUAAUACCAAACUUCAAACACACUAGUUUUGUCUGUAUUCUACAUUCGUGCGUGACGUAGUGGCAUCUAAUAAAAUAUACAGUGGGCAAAAUCAUCGACUACAACACUUAAUCAGUCACAGUUGUACAUCCUUGAACAAAAAAUAAUGCUUCAAUUUUUGCAUCUGUAAAAUGGAGAGAAUAGGUGCUUUGCACCUGUUAGCCACAUAAUAAACAGUUGUUGAAGUUGGA